UUCUCUCCUCAGUUCUACAGCCAUGUCUCUUCAGGUUCUCGUAUUGUUCGCUGUAGUGGCAGUUGCCCUUGGGAGCACAGUCCCAUCAUACAAUACUCCUGCGCCCUCCUACAGUGCCCCUGCCCCGAGCUACAGAGCGCCUUCCCCCUCCUACAAUGCACCUGCUCCUUCUGGGCCUGCUCAGUACGACUUCACCUACGCGGUGAGAGACGACUACUCUGGAAACGACUACAAUCACCAGGAAAAUCGUAAUGGCUACGAUACUCAGGGAGCUUACUACGUUCUCCUUCCCGACGGCCGUGUGCAGAGGGUUGCCUACACCGUGAACGGCGACUCCGGAUACGUGGCUGAAGUUACAUACGAAGGAGAGGCCCAAUACCCUGCUUACCAACCUGCCCCUUCUCGCUCCUACCAGCCCGCCCCCGCCCCUUCCUACGGACCAGCCCCUACUCCCUCCUACCAAACCACUCCUAGCUAUGCAUAAAUCGGCUCAUUGAGAAAGAUCUGUAAUGUACAUUAUUUAUGGUAGUUAAUAAGAAGGCAUUUGAA